AAGAUGGCGUAGAACCCGCUAAAAAAAAUCGACUUUUUUCACUCUCUUGUUCUUGCGUGAUCUUGUGUCUUUCGUUCUUGGUUUUAUGUAGACGGGCCUUAAAGUAGCAGUUCUGCUGCAGCGCACUAACAGAUGCGUAACUACGAAAAUGCCGCUACGCAACUUUCAAGCACAAAAAGUUACAAACACACGCAAAUGUCCUUGUGAAAUAGCCCAUUCGGAUUAAAUCCCUGCUGAUGGCGUCCACCGGAUGAUUUAUUUGCAUUGUUCUCUUAUCAGGCAAUUUCAUUCACAUUUGAAGGUCGCAACUGGGAUUUUAUAUUGCUUCCGAUAUGGGCAGUAUGUUGUGGAUUUUUUUAACAAUUUUGCUUUAACUACUAUUUUUUUCAAAUGUAAGCAACUUCUAUCAACUACUUUACUUUUUACGACUUAAAUAAAUAAAUUAAUAAAUUUCUUAUGUACUUGUCGGAAGAUGUUGAUAAACACGCAGUAGGAAUGGAAAAGUCGACCCUCAGUUUAGCGUAAAUCGACUUUUCGCUGAAAAAACUCGACUUCUGGAAUCGACCAGCGUUGCCAGUAUUGUUACUUUCGUACUGGCACGAUUAUCCUUGAAGCCUCGAGGGAUUUCCCCAAUAUCUUCCGAGCGGCAAUACUGGUGCUGGUGGAUUUUGCAAAUACAUACAAUUAUAUUCUUACUGUCAAUAUUAAUAAAUUGUUAUGGAAGAAGAUUUAUUUAAUAUACCUUUGUCAGACGUAAAGCGUGAACUUCGUCGAGGUAUCAUUGAGUGUCAGAAACGAGGCCUAACUCAGAGCGCCAAGUGGUUAGCUGAAAUGAGCCAUGGUCUUGGGGACGUUGAUUGCGAGGGAGCUGGUACAAGCAGUUGCAGUCAACAUGUGAUGUCGGAGUCUGGAGAAUCUUGCCAGUUUUUGGAAGGAAUCGCGCUGACUGAAUAUGAUAAUUAUUUUCUUGCCAAAAGUUACUUUGAUGUUCGUGAAUAUGAUCGAGCGGCAUACUUUGUGCGUAAUUGCGAAUCUUCCGUACCACGUUUUCUUCAUUUGUAUGCAACGUAUAUGUCAAGGGAAAAGCGACGCUUGGAUUCUACAACGGAUCGUUCGAAUUUAAAUGAUACAGGUCACGUGCGUGAAUUGACUGAAUUGCUGGCGAUUCUCCGUUCUCAAUAUUCGCAUGGACUACUGGAUGGCUAUGGAAUAUACCUAUAUGGAGUUGUAUUAAAGGCCGUAAAUCUCAAUAAAGUAGCAAUACAAAUGUUCAUACAUGCGAUCCGAUUGGCACCAAUGUUAUGGGCCGCUUAUGUUGAAUUGGCUCCGCUCAUAAUGGAAAAGGAUAAAAUGUUAUCACUAAAUUUUGGUGGUCAUUGGAUGCGACAUUUUUUUGUUGCGCAUAGCUACAUUGAGAUGUAUCUGAAUGAUGAAGGCCUAAAGGCGUACGAAGACCUUCAACAUGCAGGAUUUCGUAAAUGCGUGUAUGUGACUUCGCAAAUGGCUUUGGCUUAUCACAACAAAAGAGAUGUCGAUAGAGCUAUUGAAAUUUUUCAAACGCUACAAGAAGUUGAUCCCUAUCGCUUAGAGAACAUGGACACGUACUCGAAUUUGUUAUUUGUAAAGGAGCUGAAGACUGAGAUGGCGCAAUUGGCUCAUAAGGCAGUCAGCAUUAAUAAAUAUUGUCCAGAGACAUGCUGUGUAGUUGGUAAUUACUACAGCAUACGUUCAGACCAUCAAAUGGCCAUAGUUUAUUUUCAACGAGCUUUAAAAUUAAAUCCAAAAUAUUUAUCGGCGUGGACAUUGAUGGGCCAUGAAUUUAUGGAGUUAAAAAAUACAAAUGCUGCAAUACAAAGUUAUCGUAAGGCAGUCGAAGUAAAUAAACGGGACUACCGCGCCUGGUAUGGCUUAGGUCAAUCGUAUGAAAUACUUAAAAUGCAUUAUUAUAGCUUAUACUACUUCAAAAUUGCGCAUCAACUGCGUCCGUAUGACAGCCGGAUGUUGGUUGCGUUAGGAGAAACGUAUGAAAAAUUGGAAAAGUUCGAUAAUGCUAUUAAGUGUUAUUGGAAAGCCUGCGAUGUCGGGGAUAUUGAAGCUGUUUCUAUGUGCAAAUUAGCUGGCUUAUAUGAAAAGAGGGGAGAAUACGAGGACGCUGUUCAGUGUUACAUAAUGUAUUGCGAUGACGAGCGGGCUGCGACGGACAAACAAAGUUUAUACCAUGGAUUUAUGACGUUAGCAAAUUACUAUGAGAGCAAAGGACAGUUUGAUAAAGCAUCACACUAUGCUUACAAAUGUCUUGAAUCAGACGAGCGGAAAUCCGAGGCCAAAGCUCUACUUAAAACCAUUGAAAAUAAACGUAGUGGGAAAGUCGCAACUAGUGAGGGUGAAGCUAACAGUUCCACGAAUGCGAACGUAAUAGCAGCGGACACCUCAUCAGACGAUGAUAUGGAAAUGGAAUUGAGUGAUUAUAAGUAUCUGUGUAGUGACUAUGUGUUAUCCUGCCAAUCCGAUUUCAAAGAGUCAAAAAAAACGCCCGCAGCUACUGGCGAUAGCACUACAAAUUCACAUUUGAUAUCAACAGCGGCGGAUAUGAGUUUGAAUGAAAGUGAGAUGGCUGCUUCCAGCAGCACAAAUGAGAUCUGUCCAAGUACUAGUACGGCUGCGACGUUUGCUAUAGGGCAGCAAACAGAAAAACCCAUCGAAGCGAGGGAUUCAGAAAGCAACGACGACGAGCAGAAUUCAAUGGAAAUUUCGUCUAUUUCUAUAGAUUGAACGUAAGAAGUAUAAUAUGCUGAGUAAACGUUUUUGCACAAGUCAGCAUAAUUUGGGCCAUCAUCUCAUUCCUAAACCUGUAAUACAUUUAGGAUAAAUUUUUUGCUAGAUAAAGGAUCAUUUUCAUAUUUCAACCUGCUUACAAAGUUAGGUUAGCUUGUAAUUUUAAAGAUAUGCUUUUAGGUUAUUAUGUAUGAUCUUUGUUCAAUAAGUUAGCUUUGAUCGGAUUUUGUAAGAGUAUGUCGAAAAUAUAUGUAUGAGGAGUACAAAUAUGGCAUUAAUUUUAAUUAAAGAUUGUUACUAUAAAUCGAGUUGGGGACCGCAAGCGAAUUUGGUAUUUCUAAUACAUAAUUGAUUUAUUUCGUGAUUUCCGCGUAUGUUCUUUUGUGUUCUUAUAAAUAUUCUUUAUUUGUAUACGUAUUUAUAAAAAAACGCUAUUCUAAUUUUCAAAUAUUUUAACUUAAUUAAAUUCAGUUUGAUUUCACAUCUUAUUUAGAAAUUUUCAAUGCGACAUACUAUAGAAAAAUACGUUUCCGGGGAAAUUAUCUAAUAACAAGACAGCACUUAAAGAAAUAUCCCA